UUACACGCCCCCAUAAUGUUCCUCUCGCUUGCGCUUUGCCGUGUCCAGAUGAAUCUUUGAUUCCUGGAGACUCCAGGGUAACUUCCGGAAAACUGACAGCGCUGUCGUUGAUAUACCUUUCCCCCACGUCGGUUCUUUCCUGUAGGAGUUUUAUUUCACGAGCAAUCAGCAGUUAACCUCCUGGACUGUCUGAAGCUGCAGGUCACAUGGUGAAUGGAGCCGCCCGCUUCCCGGUGUUCAGUCAGUGGAGUUGCCUUGUGUUUUGAGGAGCUGAUCUGCCUGCAGGGGUUGAAAGGUCAACUUCAUUUGCCUUCUCUUAUGCCUGGCAGGAAGAAACUGGUUCCAGCAAGUGUGCCAGUUGAAGGAUGACCACUUCGUUUGUCCCUGUCCCCAUACCAGUUGGGACUUCUGGAACAGCUACAAGUAGAAGUCGGAGGAGUUCUUCACUUCAGUCUUUGGACAGUGUAUCCACCGGUUCAAAUUCUUCGAAAGGUCAAAUUAGUGAUGUGCAUUCUGGUGGAUUUCGAAAAACAGUUACAUCUGAGCACCUAGCUUCCACAAACUCAACAAAUAAUAGUCCUUUGCUACGAACUAAGCUCAAUGGUGCAAACACAUCUAUUGAAUAUUCUUCCAAACCAGUGGAAUCUGAAAAAGAGACUGAAUCAGCAAACUGGGAAGAGAGACCUCCUACACCUACUAUGUUGGGAUAUGAAGUAAUGGAAGAAAGGGCAAAAUUUACAGUUUACAAGAUACUUGUGAAAAAUCAUCUCGAUGAGAACUGGGUGGUAUUUCGGAGAUAUACAGAUUUUUCACGGCUGAAUGACAAGCUGAAGGAGAUGUUUCCUGGUUUUCGUCUUGCACUUCCUCCCAAGCGUUGGUUCAAGGAUAAUUAUGAUCCUAACUUUCUAGAAGACAGACAACUAGGACUGCAAGCAUUUUUGCACAACCUUGUAGCGCAUAAAGAUAUUGCUAACAGCACUUCAGUGAGAGAGUUUUUAUGUCUGGAUGAUCCACCGGGCCCCUUUGACAGCCUAGAAGAGAGUAGGGCUUUCUGUGAAACAUUAGAAGAAACUAAUUACAGACUACAAAAGGAACUUGCUGAAAAACAAAAGGAAGUUGAGGCUUUGAAGAAAUUACUGGAAGAAAAAUGUCUUCAUAUAGAAGUUUUAGAAAGUAGAAUAAGAGAAAUGUCCUUGGAACAGGAGAAAACACGCAGACCCUCUGGGCAGGAGAGUGAAUCUAGUAGUGAAGUUGAGUCCUCUGCAGUAGAAGCUGACCAAGCAGUAAUACAGGACAACAGCUCUCGAAUGAUGUCUGAUAAAGAACAAUCUGGAGCCUCUUGGAAUAGCCCUGUAAAUGAAACGUCUUCACCAGUAGAAGAAGCAGAAGCUGCGGAAGAAGACUGAUAGAACACUUAUAUUAGCAUUAACAAAUGCUAAUACUAUAAUUCUUGAUAAUAUAUCGCAACAAUAGCUGUAGCUGGAAUACAGCUCAAAGCUAUGAAUCAAUAUGGUUUCUAAAAUUUGUAUGUGACAUAGCCAAGGAAAUUGCCCUUUCUAUGAAUAAAUAUUUCAAUAUAUUUUUGCUUGAUGCAAUAAAUUAGAUUUUAUUAGUACAUCAGCUUUACUAGGCUCUGAAUUUUGCAAGUUUGAGUGCUUAAGUAUAGGUCAAAAAAUUACAGAUAAAUUAGGCUAUUAAUUCUUUGGAGCCAUUUAAUUUUACAAGCUGCUUUCAAUUUCUAUCUAGAAAUGUAUACAGGAAUAGUUUAGCUAAAAUGUAUUGCAGCUAAAUUUAAACAUGAUAUAGCCAUUUCAUUAAUCAAACUGCAGCUACUUACCUAGCAACAUGAAAGCCAAUUUCUUUCCUGGAGCUAACUGAACUAUUUAAAUGUUACUUUGGAGAAACUCAGUGGUUUGAAUGGGCAUCAGUGCACCUCCAGGUUAAUGUGAUUUGAGCUUUGUUUAAGCUGCAUAAAUUGCUUUAUCUGUGCACAAAUGCAGCUGUUGAUCUCAUUUGGUUUUGUUCCCUAAAUUUGUCUGUUAAACAGAUUUUUUUUUUAGAUCAAAAGCAAAAUAAACCUGUUAUUUUUUCAGUUUUACAAACUAGCCAAAGUCACGAUCUCAAUGGUUUUGUUUUAGCUGUUCUACAGUGAUUUACAAUUUAAUUACCAAAUUGUGACUAGAAGGAACACACUUCACUUAGCCAUGGUGCAAACUGUGUAUUUAAGUUUUGUCAAGUUUCAUUGGCGAAAGAUGUUUUAGCUUGAAUUGCUUUUUAUUGUUACAAUCAAAUUAACUAGUUUUGCUUCAUUUAGUGUUGGUUUCUCAAACUUGCAUGCCUUGAUUGCUUCAAGUGCCUUGUUUUUCUGGAUUUAUAAGAUAUGCAAUGAUUUUUAAUUCACCUAUUUGUUACGAGCAUCUGUGAUAAAUGAGAGCCAUAAAGUUUGGCUGAUUUUUUUUUGAGAACUUGUACUGGAACUGCCCAAUUUCCUAUUAGGAAUAUUUUAAUUUAUGCUAGUAAUUUACAUUGUGUUCUCUAGACCCUAAAGAUGAACUUUAACGGAUUGAAUGCUGUAAUCUUCCACUGGAAGUCUUGCAUUAUAUGUUUUGUCAGGUCUGGGUAUACAUUCUUCUGUGUGAUGUGCCAAGUUUCUGGAGAUUUUAUGCAUGAUAUAAAAUACAGCUCAUUACCAUUAGGUAACCAUCACACUAAGAACAUUUGCAUAAAAACAAAUAGAACAUUCUGAAAUGGGAAAAACUUGAAUUGGUUUUAAUUUGCAAGGGUGCAUUGGUAGCUUUUUUUUAAUAAAGUUUUUUUUAAAAUGUUUUUUUCCAUUUUGUCAAUCAGUACACUGAACAUUUUGAAAUCCUUUAUUUUAAUGCACCUUAGUAUGUGAUUGAUUAGUCUAACAUGCAUUUUCUUUUUGAAGUGAAUAUUCAAGUGACAGGGCUCCAAGCAGUUGCCUUUAUAGAUUAAGUAAUAAUCUGAAUACACUCUUCUGCUAUCAUCAAUUGUGCUUGUAACUCGGCUAUAAAUAUUUAAACUAGGCUGCACAGAAAUUUGAAGCGUCUUUCACAUAAAUCCCAAAUGUAGAGCUGCAAACUACUGAUCAAAAUGUGGUCUGCAAAGCUGAGGUUAACUGAAGACUUUAAGACUUUACCUUGUCAAACUUGAAAGGAGCCCAAUCUCUAACAUGUGAAGGGAAAGCCUGGCCUUCAAUCAAAAUUUUCCUGUGCAUAGUUAAAUCUUUGCUCAUUGAGUCUUCUGUCAAUGAAAAUUGUUACUUCUAAUUUGUUUCAUCUUAACACCAUUUUUUUUUUUUUUUUUUUUUUUACACACUUGUAUUGAAUCCCCUUUUAAUCGCUCUAAAGAGAAAGGCCCUGCCUUUCCAAUUAAUCUCUAAAUUGAAGUUCCUCUUCCCUGGGGCCAUUGCAUAUAUUUUCAGCACUUUUUCCAAUGUUGUCACAAUUUUCUCAAAGUCUGGUGCCUAGAAUUGGAUACAGUACUCCUGUUGAUACCAAAACCGUAGAAUAUAAAGGUUCACAAUAACCUUACUUAUGUAGGCUAUGGGUCUUCCUAAAAUCUGGUAUUGCAUGCACCUUAUUAACCACUUUGAAGGAUUUGUGCACCUACAUCUCUCUUUAAAAGUGGAUACUUUAGUUUAUAUUGUUUGUCAUUCUUCUACAUUCUGUACAGAUUUUGAAUUUACAAACUAAAUUCAAUGUGUCAUAUCACCCCUUUCUACCAGCCUCAAGUUCUGGUUCAUAUGCAAUAUUCUGAAAGUUGCAUUAUUCAGAAUUAAAUUAUUAUCCAUGUCUGGGUGUUUAAUAGGGCAACAAAAGCUGUGCUCAGUGCAACUUUUUAAAACAAAAAAUCAUUCACCACAGUUGUUUUUGCUGAUGUUUAGCAAUUUACCGCAAGUGUAAUUUGGAGGAUUUUUUAUUGUACUUUUUAAUUGCACCCAGUUACUUGACAAAGUAACUAAUGGGGUCAAUUCUUUUCUAAAACAUGAAACAUUGUAUUGAUCAGCAUACUUUUUAUUAUGUGUCCUGUUGCAUUUAGUAACCGUGCACAUGAGGCAAAUCGUUGAGAAUAUUCUCAAAAAAAUUAUACAGCUCAUUUUCAGGAAUCAUUAAACGUUUUGUUGUACAUUUGCUGUUUGUAACCAAGUUCAAAACUCUCAUUCUAGAAAAGCAAACAGAUUAAAAAGAGAAAUGGCAAACCACCAUAAAGUCCUGAUUAAGAACCGUCUAGUCCAUGCUACUACAACCAAUGCUUUUGAGCCUGUAAAUAAACUCAAUAGUUGUAAAGACAAGUAACUUGUUUUUGUAACCUACAGUUAUAAUUCCAAGAAUUCAUUUAUGAUUUAAGUAUGCUGAACUAUACAAAUUAGAAACAAGUUAAAACCUACCAUUAAUAGUAACUAAUUUAAAAUCCCACUUUUUCUAUCCCAUGUGUGGUGAUUGUUCAAUUCACUUAACAGACAUGAGGUUUCUGGUUCUUUAAUGGUGAGGUGGUAAAUUGAACUGGCUUAAUCACUCCUUUAUAGUGAAAUAUUUUUAAGUUGCCAGUGGAAAGCAGUCAUGGCAAUUUGCUCUAACAACUUAACAGCAUACUUCCCAUGCAGAUCUCCAAUUUAGAGGCAGACGAGGAAGUCUGUAAAUGACAACAUUUCUGCUGAAAAUAUCCAAGUGGCACUACAGCAAGCCAGAAUCCUCCUCCAGAGUACCAGCCUCUGCCCUGCAUUUGAAGUUGUGUUGAUGCAGUAGGUGGAGAUGUGAUAAUGGUUGGCUAUUUCUUGAGAAUGGUGUUUACACACACAAGAAUGGAAAUGCAAGUGACUGCCAACUGUUGUAAUUCCUACCAGCUAACUUCAUUAUAUUGGAAGGGGUAAAUAAAUCUAACAUGGCCAGGUUCAGUGAAUAACCACACUGAACCAUAUAACUAAACAGCUGACAAACACAGGAAUUAUUUGGUGGUAGGAUAAAGUAGCAAGAUCAGUAUAACAACCAGGUGGCACAACCUGAUUAUCUUUUGGAUCUAAUGAUUAGAGUAGGGCAGUACUUGGAAUGAUCAGGAAUGAAGCAGCCAUUUCUAUAGCUUAAUAUUCUGAGGUCCAACCAGUCAGAAAAUUUUUGAAACAUGGAAAGAAUAAAAGAGCAAGGGCAUUUAUUCAUACCCAUUGACAACCUGGAGUUUUCCCUCUUGUAUUGUGUGAUUGCAUGCAUUCGCAGUUACAACUUUGGGCUUCUCAUAGCAUUAAUUAAGGAAAUGAACAGUAAUUGUGAGCAGAUUUACUGUCUCUACCUAAUGUACAAUGAACAACUUUUGCAUGACGGAUGAAUAAAAUAACUAAUGUACAAACAGUCA